AUGGUGUGGGCCGUCGCCUGCGUCCUCGCCGCUGCCCUGCAUGCUGCGGGCGCGAGCUGCAUCAGCGGAGACGCCUGCGACGGUGGCGAGAAUGCAGCCAUGCUGCAGGGGCACAGACAGCGCGUUGCGCCGCAGUCGGUACUUUCCACUGCAAAGGUCAACAGGACCCGCCGCGGCCACACUGCGUUCAAGAAGGGCCUCGCCGCAUUGCAGACCAGCCAGAGUUCAUCGGCCUUCCAAAUCAACGAGGAUGGAGUCUGGAACACCUACUUCCUGCCUGGAGCAAGCAUCACUGACCAGCGGACGUUGGAGUACGGCAUCAACGACAAGUACUUCCUGAUGAAGUACGACACCGCGGAUUCUUGCACGGCUGGAAACUUCGAGAUGCUGCAGCUUGCUGGAAAGACCUUCUCGGCGACCGUCUACCUGAACGGGGCCGGCUGCGGCUGCAAUGUCAACUUUUUCUUGGUGGCCAUGCCGGCAUCUUCACCUGGUGAGUUUGGGGACUGCUACUGCGAUGCCAACUGUGUGGGUGGCAACUGCUGCAACGAGUUUGACCUGAACGAGAUGAACACUCACGCGCUACAGGUCACGAACCACCUCUGUGGCGACCCGGCUUCACACGAGACCUGCGACGGCAAUGGAAGCCCCGUCAUGAAAUUCUCGCCGGCAUUGUUCGGUCCGGGCAACGCGAACACCAUCGACACCGAGCACCCCUUCAACUAUUCCGUCCAAUUUCGAGAGACCGACUCGGAGAGCGUCCUUGUGACGGUCCAGCAGGGGGAGAAGGUGAUCAGCAACACCAUGGCCAACAGCGCUCUGAGCAGCAUGUGGCCGCAGCUCUCCAGCGGAAUGGUCUUGGUCUUCGACUACUGGGAAAGCUCGGACAUGACGUGGCUGGAUGGUGCCUCCUGCCAGGCACCAUCGUACUGCUCCGGCAACAAGGCGCAAGUCUCCAACGUACACAUCACCACGAAUGCGUUGAAUGCGUGA